AUGCCCACAAAGACGCCCUUCCUGCUCUCUGCUAGAAUUUAUCUUCUGCGCUUUGUGGUUCCAUUAUGCGUAGCCUCAUUGUUACUCCUCUUCUCCGGCCCACUUCUUUGGGAGUACAAAAAAUUUUUUACUUUAGUACACCACCUUCUGUUGACAUUCAACCUGGACCCAUUUUAUGGACUUGUUGACCUUCCACUUCUGCUGCUUGAAGUAGCAGUUGUUUACUGUGCCCUCGCAAUCUUCCUCUUCCUUGAGGCACUUCUUCGAAUGGGAUCUUUGAUCCUUUAUCUCUCUCAACAGCAUGUUUUAUUGCAUCACCGAGCUCUCACUGCAGAAGACAAUCUCAAACCCUACCAAAUCAUGUUUGGUAGAUCUACAUCUCUCAUAUUUUUAAACUGCCUUAAUUUGGAGUUUGAGUAUGGCUUUGCCGAUCUUCCUGCCCUCUUGUUUGAAAUCACAAAUAUUGCAGCUUACAUGACAGAACUGGGGUCAAUCAAUCCAUGGUCAUACAUUUCAGUGAUCACCUAUACUAUUUUAUCCUGGGUCAUCUUCAUCAGCUUGGUACUUGAAGUGCUCAUUUGGUUGGGAUGUCUGGCUAUCUACAUCACUCGACAUGUUUGGAGCUCAACACCCUCAAACUUUUUGGGAAAAGAAGUUUCUGAACCUUACAAAGUCUUGUUCGGCCAUGCAGCAUGGAAGAGACAUUUUAGUGGAGAGACCAAUAUGAUUCGCAUUUCAAGAGGAUUAUUUGCAACCAUCCUGAUUUUAACACUUCUCUCCUCCUUGGUCAUCAAUGUUUUUUUAGGUCCCAUUCAAGAAACUGGCCUUACACCAACAAAAGAUCUCCGUUCCCUUGAGUUGCCUUUAUUUUUGAAAGGUGACACUUUGACAUGGAAUGUGGUCCUAGUCACUCCAUGGUAUAUACCAUAUUUGGGAAGAUCAGAUCUAGAAGACUUUUCAAGUGUAGCCAAUGUAACACCAUUAUGGGAUAACCAGAUUCCUAAGGCCAAUUUACCAUGCCUCUAUGAUCCACUGGCAAAAUACUUCUUACCCCAAGGAACAGAGCCAGAGGGCAUAACAGGAUUUCGAGUGGACAAAUUCUCCUACACUCCAACAUCUUUCCCACUACCAGACCCAAACUUCACUCCAGACCUUCUCAUAACUUUGAACUUUACAAAGAUUGGCCUUCCAGUUGACGUAAUGAGUGACUCAUAUAGAAACUCUGUGCAGAUCAUGAUUGGUCUCACCAAUGAUACUCGUACUGUGGUUGAAAGAACACAUGGCACCACAAUACUUCCAGGUGUCAACUUGCUUGGUGUAAUCACCUGGGACUUGCGUCAAUUGUUAAAAAGUCCUCGCCUAUCUGCCUUUGCAAGUCUAUUUGAUUCCUACGAAACUAUUCCGGUAUCACGCGUGCUCAGUGUAUAUCCUGAUCCCUUGGCAUCAGCAAGUCCUCUCAUUCUGCAGGGUCGCGAUGUCUCCACCUUCCGUGUGAUUAUGCAAUAUGAUCUCUCCGAAUCAAGGAUGUUACAGGACUAUAGAAGCAGGUCCGUUCUACAAGGAUUCUCCCAAGUCGGAGGUUUAUGGACCUUCCUAACGGGUGUUUUUGCGGCAAUAUUUGGAAGUACCAUCGUCCGAAUUCUAUUUGGUAGCAUUUCCAGAUCCAUUCUCCUGUUUUUUUUUCAUGUUUUCUGA